CAUUCCCUUUGGCCAUUUCUCUGCGACUGCACUCCCAAAGAAAAAACCUCUUCACCCCCAAAAAUGGCGGCCUAUAAACCCCUACUCUCCCGCGGCUACCGCCUCCAAAAUCCGCCGCCGCCUUGCCACAUCGCGACUCUCCUCCGCCGCCAUUUCUCCUCCGAGCCCCAGCCGACCCCUCCCCCCGAACCACAACCUAGCUCCCAACCUAACGCAAACUUCCGAAAUCCAGUUCCUAUUCAACCCGUAUCCUAUCCCGCCAAACCCCAAGCUCCACCGCCCGAGGAUGCUCAGCCGGAAUACAUACCAGGAAGGCCACUCCGUCACUCAGAAGGCCAGGAAGAGAGGGAAAUGCCGAAUGCGGAGAGGCGGUCGUGGAGCCGGGAUGAAAUGCGGUAUAUGAAGGAUGGGCCGACGAUUUCCCCUGUCUCCUACGCUGCCCGUGUUGCCCCGCUGCCUGAGGAUCGGGAAAAUGUGGGGGAGGAGGUGAAGGGGGGUAGGUUUGAGGAGAUGGAGAUCGAGAGGAGGAGGAUUGAUGAGUUUAGGAGGAGGGGAGGUUUGAGGUAUGGUGGAAUGGAGGUGAGGGAGGAGGUCAACUUGCCCUUUCCACAGUUGAUUAGGGUGGAGAAUGCUGAUAAGAAAACUGAGGAGAAGGCCAAGACGGUCUAUGAUGUCAAGGAGGCUAUUCGCCUUGUAAAGGCGAAUGCUAGGAAAACUUUUGAAGAAACUUUAGAAGCACAUGUAAGAAUGACCCGCGACUUGGUUCGAACCGAUUUGAAGCUGGAUGGUUCAGUGCGCCUUCCACAUGGUGCUGGCAAGACAUAUAGGGUGGCUGUAUUUGCAGAAGGUGCAUCUGCGGAUGAAGCCCGAGAGGCUGGAGCUGAUGUUGUCGGCGGCCCAGAGCUGGUGGAGAGCAUUGUUGCUGGAAAAAUAAAAAUGGAUUUCGACAAGUGUAUUGCUACUCCACCCAUGAUCAAGCAUUUGAAAAAGAUAGCAAAAUAUCUGAAGAAAUUAAUGCCAGAUACCAAGAAAGGUACUCUAACCAAUAACAUAUCUCGGGCUGUCAAAGAGGCAAAGGAGAGUGUUCCUUUCGAGAAAGACAAAACUGCAAUAGUACAUGUGCCCCUAGGGAAGGUUAAAUUUCCAGAAAAUAGUUUGAAAGAAAACAUUGGAGCUUUUGUACAUGCUCUUUUGCUCGCAAAGCCUGCCGGUUUAAAAAAGAGCUCCAAAUUCGCUGGGUAUGUAGACACCUUCCACAUUGCCAGCACCAUGGGUCGCUCGUAUCCCAUUUCAAUUCAAUCGUUGUCUAUGGCUGCAGACCAGUUCAGCAAAACGCAAGUGAAGUGAGUAGGUGCAUGGAUCCAAGUUAACCAAAGCUUUUGUUGUAGCUAAAGGCAUUUUGUUCUGUUUUUACAUCCUUGCAUUGCAAGGUUAGGGUAUAGAAUGUUACACCAACUACUUGAUUUUACCGUUUGCCAAGUUUGACAGGCAAGUUUAUGAAUUGUCCAUCAACUUUGAACAUUUUCUUAGAUUUUUAUAAAUUCGGAAAUAAGAAAUAAGUAGCUUGGUGUUACAGUA